ACAAGGCAGAGGGACAGGGACACAGGUGGAGGGGAAGAGCAAACACCCGAAAGCUUUAUGACACCGGGAUGAAGGACAAUUAAAAACAGAAAGUAGAACUGAGGAGGGUAUAUUUCUUCAACUUCAGUUUUUCUUCCACCAGAGUCAAAUCAUCCAUCAGACUCACUUCUGUCUGAAGACAGUGUUAAAAAAGAUGGACACGUCUUCUUCUACUGUCAAGGAUGGAACCGUGGCUUCAGAUGGACACAGGUUUGCCCAGAACGGGAGCGACCCCAGAGGAAAGCCGCAGGAUGACAGGAAGGUGGGACUGGGAAAGAAGGUGACCCUGUUCAGAGGGAUCUCCAUCAUCGUCGGGACCAUCAUCGGAGCCGGGAUCUUCAUCUCCCCAAAGGGGAUCCUGAAGCACUCGGGCAGCGUGGGGAUGUCUCUGGUAGUUUGGAUUGCCUGCGGGGUCCUGUCUCUUUUUGGAGCUCUGUCCUAUGCUGAGCUGGGGACAUGUAUAAAGAAGUCUGGAGGACAUUAUACGUACAUACUGGAGUCAUUUGGACCUCAGAUGGCUUUUAUUAGGCUGUGGGCUGAACUCAUUGCAAUCAGGCCUGCAGCCAUGGCAGUCGUUGCUCUGGCCUUUGGACAGUACAUCCUGGAGCCUCUCUUCAUGCCCUGCAGCAUCCCCCCCAUGGCUGUCAAACUGGCCACAGCCAUCGGCAUAACUUCUGUUAUGUACCUGAACAGCAUGAGUGUAACGUGGUCGGCUAGGAUUCAAAUCCUGCUGACUCUGAGCAAGUUGCUGGCUAUUGCUGCCAUCAUUGUGCCGGGGAUGUACCAGCUUUUUAAAGGACAGACUCAAAACUUUGAGAAUGCCUUUGAGCUGAGCAACAUGCAGCUUUCCGGUAUGCCUCUGGCUUUCUACUCUGGGAUGUAUGCCUACGCUGGGUGGUUCUAUUUGAACUUCGUAACAGAAGAGAUUGACAACCCUGAGAGGACGGUGCCAUUAGCCAUUUGCAUCUCCAUGGCGAUUGUGACUUCCUGCUAUGUGCUGACCAAUGUAGCAUACUACACCGUGAUGUCAGCAGAGGAGCUCCUGGCCUCACCGGCUGUCGCUGUGACGUUUUCAGAGAGGCUGAUGGGGAAGUUUUCCGUUGCAGUUCCAGUGAUGGUGGCCUUGUCCUGCUUCGGCUCCUUGAACGGUUCCCUCUUUGCCUUAUCAAGAAUGUUCUACGUGGCGUCACGUGAAGGACAGCUCCCUGAGCUCCUGUCUAUGAUCCACAUCCGCAGACACACUCCGCUGCCUGCUGUCUUCAUACUGUACCCUAUGACCAUGCUGCAGCUGUUUGUGGGAGACAUCUACAGCUUGUUGAACUUCAUGAGUUUCCUGCGGUGGCUCUUCAUCGGUGUGGUUGUCCUCGGUCUUCUCUACCUCCGAUACACCAAGCCUGACCUGCCCCGCCCCUUCAAGGUGCCGAUCAUCAUCCCUGUGGUGUUCUGUUUGACAUGUUUCUUCAUGGUCUUCCUGUCUCUGUACUCGGACCCCAUCAACACCGGCAUUGGAUUUGCCAUCUCCCUCACUGGUGUUCCUGCUUAUUACAUCUUUAUUUACUUCAACAACUUCCAACCGAAGUGGCUUCGAAAGACUUUAGACUCCUUCAACAGAACCAUGCAGAUCAUCUUGGAGGUGGUCCCUGCAGACCAAUAACAACCAAACACCCACCUCAUGAAGGCUUGACGACUAACCCCCAUCAACUAAAAAGAGUGAACGAUUUUACCGUCAAUGAAGAUAUCUUUUAAAGACAGACGUUUAUGUUGAGAGGAGCCUGAUUAAAAUGUUGUCAUUUUUCAUUUUUUUGGUUGGUGCAAAAAUGUUUGUGUUAAUAUCAGUACAAACCUUUCAGCAGCUAAUAAUACUGAGUCCUGAACAAACAGUCAGGAUUUAAUAUUAAAUAUUUAACUAUUUUAUUGAGCGCCUGUCAAUUAAAUCUAAAAAUUAUGAAUAAUUACAUGCUUUCUGUUAAUAAAUUAUCCAGCUGUUUUAUUGUUUAAAUUAAGUUCAUUUAAAUAGGAUCCUGUUACUGAAGAUAGACGUUUGUCUUUAGUUUUUUUGUCAGAAAGUGGGAUUUGUGUACCGUUGGUCAACAUUUAUAAAGUCUGUUUAACAAAUAAUGAUUCUUCAAUGAUAAAUAAUUUGUUUACGACAA